AGUCACGUGGUGCAUCUGCGUGGGAGUUCCCGGAGAAUAAAAAGUAACCAUCAUACUUCCUUGAAGUGUUCUGGUCGUGUUGGUCACCCGGGAAGUCUGGACAUAUUCUAUGGUUCAUCACAACAGUAUUUAAAACAACGAGGACGCACCGCCACAAGAUGUCCCAGUGGCAGGACGUGCUGAGGAUGGACUCCGUCCUGCAGGCUCGAGUGAGCCAGUUGUACGAGGGAAAGUUCCCCAGAGAGAUCCGCCACAGUUUGUGCGUCCCCAUCGAGAGCCACGACUGGGACUUGGCUGCUAUGGAUGAAAAUGCAGCGAGUGCUUGUUUCCAUGCACUCCUGGUGUAUUUGGAAGAACUUAGGAACCGUUCCGUUCAGGAGAACAACAUCUUGCAGGGACCUGAUUACCCAGGGAUGAGACAGUACUUGCUGCGCUUUGAAGACAAGCCUCUGAACUUGGCUAUAAUCCUGUCAGAAAUCCUAACGGAGGAAAAGAAAAUCCUGGAUUCAGCCUCUGAAGCGCCGGGUUGCAGUAGUCCAGCCACAAAUGACAAAUGUGAAGACUUGGACAACAAUGUCAAUGAACUGAAAAGACAGACUUUGGAGGUGAAGACGAAAAUGAAGUCGCUGGAGUUCCUCAAUGAAAACAUUGACUUCAUACAAAAGACCUGGCAAAGCCAAGUGGAGCAGCACGUUGGAUUGGCCAAGUCUCAGGGUUUUGUGGAGGAACAAUGUCAUAAGCGGACCAACUUUAUUACGCAAACGAAGAAGGUGGUGCUGCAGCAGAUAGAGAACAUUUUGAACCUGGCACAGAAGAUGGUGGCCUCUCUCACAGAUGUGGAGCUACCCCAGUGGAAGCGCAGGCAGCAGAUGGCCUGCAUUGGAGCUCCAGCGGACACCAGUCUGGACCACCUCCAGAAGUGGUUCACGGCCGUGGCAGAGACGCUGCUGAGAGUACGCGAACAGCUGCAGAAACUGCAAGACCAGAGCAGUAAAGACGACGGCGUCCCGGGUCCCGUGGCACAAAUGGCGGAAUUCGCACACUCCUUGUUCACAAAACUUCUGGCAAAUGCUCUGGUGGUUGAGAAACAACCUUUCAUGUCCAGUUUACCGCAGCGACCUCUCAUACUUAAGACCCUUGUGCGCUUUACUCUGAAAGUGAGGUUCUUGGCCAACCUACCCGAGUGUGUGCUGCAAGUCAAACUUGUAUUUGACAAGGAUGUGGAAGAAGCAAAGACACUUAAAGGGUUCCGUCAGUUUGACUUCAACAAGGUCGAGAGUAAGAUCUUGGAUUCGGACUCGCCCUGCGGAGGCUUGGUGGCUGAAUUUAGUCACAUGUCACUCAAAGAAAAGAAAACAAGAACCAAAAGAUGUGAGAGUCGUCUGGUGGUCACUGAGGAACUCCACAUCAUAAAGAUUGUGACACGCUUUCAGCACGCUGGACUGAAGUUUAACAUUGAGGCCAGCUCUCUGCCUGUGGUCGUCAUCUCCGGCACCAAUCAGGUCGUCAGUGCGUGGGCCUCUGUCAUGUGGUACAACGUGCUGUCCGCCAGCGAACCAAGGAACCUGUCGUUGUUUGUCGAUCCUCCUCCGCUCACCUGGCAGCAGCUCUCGCAGGUCCUGAGCUGGCAGUUUGGGUCGGUCGGCCAACGGGAGCUCGACGAGCACCAGCUCUCCAUGCUGCGAGACAAAUUUGUGGAUGAUCCUGAUGAUCUCAUUUCCUGGAACAAAUUCUCCCAGAAGGACAAUCAUUGGAUUUGGAUUGAUGGAAUCCUGGAUUUGAUCAAAAAACACUUGGUGAAUAUUUGGCGGGACGGGUCCAUCAUGGGGUUUGUGAGCCGGGAGAGAACAAAGGUUCUGCUGCAGGAAAAACAGUCCGGCACUUUUCUGCUGCGCUUCAGCGAGAGCAACAAAGAUGGAGCCAUCACCUUCAGCUGGGUUGACCACUGCAACGGCACCCGUGUGCAUGCAGUCGAUCCCUACACCAAGGACGAGCUGUUGCUCAUGUCUCUACCCAACAUCAUUAACCACUACAGUCUGAGAGCCCAGAGGAGCGCGCACAGGAAUCCACUGAUCUACCUCUACCCAGACAUCCACAAAGACCAGGCCUUCGGACGCUACUACGGAGAAACGUCGGCAACUAAAAAGGUCAUGAAUGGCUACGUCAAGAGAAAACUUUUGUCAGAGUCAGAUAAUCCUACGCCACCUCCAUCUCCACCUACAGAGAUUCUUCCUGAGGACAUGGACAUAGAUAUGGAUGAUAAUGAUAUCUUUGAUUUACUCAACUUACCCGAACUCCCAGACCUAUGGACUGUACUUCAAGGAACACCAACAACCAACUCUGUCGAUCUUAAUUGAGCCUACUGAAAAUGCGCUGGGUCAUUGUCUCAGAAUCCGACAAUCAGCACAAACGGAAACAUUAAUGAGACACAUGGAAUGUUUUCAUAGCAGUUAGUAGAAUAAAGAAAUAUAUAACAAUGUCACUUCUAAUAAAUAUCAGAAUUGUUAUAGAAGCAGUGAUGUACGAGCGGAAUUGUUUAAGAUUUGUUCUUAAUCUAUAUACAGUAGUGUACGUAGCUGCGAGCAACGUUAGUAAGAGGGGUUCUAAAAUAACAUGUUAGGUUUUCUACUGUAUUGUUUAGGAACGAACUGCCAACCCUCCUACUUUUUGAACGUCUUUCUUUGAAAAGAAAUACCAAACUGUAAUGUGUAUAUUCUUAACUUUUGUUUAUUAAAAUAAACAUAUCAUUCCAGUG